ACCAACCGAGUGAAACCUCAUUGGCAAUCCCCACCUGGUGUUGCAGCAGUGUUCUAGAGGAAACUAGAGCAAGAGAAAACGCAUCGUGAAAGCGAGGGAAGCUUAGCCGGCUGACCCGACUUUUUUCGACUCUAUCUCUCCACAACCGCCAAAAUAGAGCCGAUUAUUCUGCCAGAGGCAUUCCUGUCGCUCCGUGACGAAACUCUUCGGGAGCUGUCAUGUCCAAGUCUCGGUGAGUUGCACGAUACAGUGAUGUAUGACACCUCGCCCCUCUUUCUACCCAAAGGCGAGACGAAACCAUUUUUGCAUGUGGAAAUCGACAACAAGACGCUGGAGUCGUUGUUCGAUCUUCAUCCGUCGCUCGAAACUUCUUUUGACUUGACCGACCUUGUGGCGAGCGCAACGGGCGAAAGCUCUCACUCUCCACCGGUGCGGAGUGUUGUAACCGCAAGUGUCGCUUCCUCUGCUGCAGACCUACCCACGCUGUCCAGCGCGGACACAAGUCAGCACCUGGCCGAACUAGAGCGUCGACCUGAGAUCUCGGUUGUUGUCAGUGCAGCUAGCUACACGUCGCAGACGCCGUCGGUGAUCCCCCGUGGGGGUAAUUCCAGUCCCACUCAGCAGCCACAGCACCAUCAUCAUCCACAUCACCAUCACCUACAUCAACAACCACCUGCUGCCCAGCAACUGCAGGGAUACCACCAGCAGCUGUCUCCGUCACUGACGACCGACGAUGUGAGUCAGGCGCUGUCUGACGACAGCUGUGUCUUCAUGCCUGAGUACGAACAGCUGGCCAUCAGCACUGCCCACACCACCACCACCAGCGGUGGGUGGGGCGCUGAGCCCUUCUACUCCACUGUCAAGACAGAAGACCUGGAGCUGACCGCAUGCAGCCUGGAGGCCACCCUCCCCGGGUUCUCUACCUCCGCAGCGUCCUCCAUGCCGGAGGCCAGUGGCGAGGAUUGUAAGAUGGACGUGUCAGCCCUACGGUUGGAUACUGGCGGACAUUACAGUCUACGAGGAGGUGCUUGCGGUCCCGCGCACAGCCCAGCCCACAGCAUGCGCUCCUUGUCCGAGUCGUCCACGGCAACGACGACAGCCCCCGACUCGCCCUGCCGCAGCAAAGGUGGCUCUCGACGUCGCCAGGUGCCGAAAGGCAGCGCGGAGUACAAGGAAAAAAGAGCCAGAAACAAUGUGGCAGUCCGCAAGAGCCGUGCCAAGGCAAAAGAGAAGCAACGCAUGACGGAACGAGUUCGCGAACUGACUGAUCAGAACGACCAGCUGCAGAAAAAGGUCGAGAUGCUGACCAAGGAACUGACUGUGCUUAGAGGACUAUUCGUCAACGUGGGGGCCAGCCUGCCUGCUGAUUUCACCAAAUUGCUGGACCAGGCAUCUUGAUAAUUGUGUGAUAUACCCACUCGGCCACGGCUUGGUGGGACUCAAGAACGGUAAUCGCUUCGUAUUUCCUGCCCCUGAUUAACUCUUGUGAAGAGACAGACGUUGGUUCGUACGCUGAUGUGUUGUUACGGAGCAAGACUAGAGAGACAUUUGUCACAGACCCUAAGUAUUAUCAGGGCUACCUCACAUAACUGUGUGUACCUGAUACAUUGUAUCAUCAUUAAUCGUCAUCAGAGCUUUAGCAGAUGUGUAUGUGACUUGUUUGCAUCUGUUCUCAACGCCCAUGCUUUGCGCUUUGACAUUCAUAAAAAUGGCUAGCUUCGCAUCUUCGACGCAGAUUUGUGAUUGCAGGUACCCGCACAUCCGCCAGCUCAUCCACACACACGCACGCAAGUACACGCACGAUGUAAGUGAAUGAAUGAUUCAGUAGUCUCAAAAUCUGUAAAUAUGAGAGAAGGCAAGGAGGGGGGGGGGAACCAUUAUAGAUCACUAUUAUUCCUAAUCUCACUUUUCUCACGGUUUUGCACUGUAUCAGGGACAAACUUGUAUGUUGGCAUUUUAUUGUAAUUCAUCAUUGCUGUCAUGUACAUGUCAUUGUUUACACAAACUAUGUCAGUAGCUGUUGAUCAAUAAUUCAUUGAAGAAACCGAUUCCAUCUUUUUGGACCUGGCAUUUACAAUUAUGGACUCAAGAAUAUGGUAAACGAUUUGGCUAAACCUUGGACAAUUUAAUUUUGGUAACUCCCGCUAGAUUAUUGGGGCUGUCCAUUUUGUUAAUAAAAUGGUGUCCUGCUAUGGAGUACUUUGUGUGUUGUGAUUUUAGCGUCAUGUUCCCUAAUGUAACGUAAGCCUCAUGCUUAAAGCAGAAAAAGUGCAAAACUGAUGCAGGAGUGAACGAUAGUUGUAGAGAGAGUUAUUUUCAUUAAAACUUUGUAUGCUGGGUGUAUGCUUUGAUCUUGAGUUAUGGGGCGCAUUUAUAUUUCUCAAGUGAAGUGCGUGAAAAUAGCAUAAUAUUUAUUAUGGUGAUAAUUUCUUCUUUGGAAAGAAGAAAUUUAUUUGUGAAAUUAAAUGGUUCUGUUGUCCCAAUGAAACAUA